AUGAGUGUCGAUCACCGCCACCGUCACAAACCCCCCCAGAGGAACAGCAACGCAGUGCAAGCAGCGGUGGGCAUGGACAUGGACCCCGUCGUCGGCCGCUUCGACGAUGGGCACGUCAAAGUCGAUAAAGUCCGAUGCCAUGCUAAAGCUGCCUUGAGCACGUCCCUCAUCCCUCCCUUACAUGCGGCGGCGAUCAUGAGCGGCCGGUGGCUUCCUGGUGGGAGAGAGGCGGUAGCUCCCGAGAACUGA